UUUAACGCUUGUUAAAAGUUUCUUCCUAUAAAACACGGUGAUAUUAUUUUUCUUCUUCUACCAAACUGGCUCUACAUCUACAAAUUCACAGCCCUUUGAAUCAUUUUUUCUUUCAUUCCCAAUCCCCUCUUGUCGGUCCUUAAUUGUCCGUUGGAACGUCGAAUCUGUGCUUGUUUCAGAAUUAUAUAUGACGCACGUCUUCAAAUAGCAACAAUCUUUUCUCCAUCCAAGCCGUUUCAUUUCGUCAAAUUCUGAAGGUUUCUUGAUUGACCCAUUUCGAAGAUCUGGUGUGUGUUUUGUUAUAUGGACUAUGAACUUAUAGACAGCAGCGUGUCUGCCUGGGCAGAUCAAAAGAUGCACUAUUAGCAUCUCGGAUAUAAAUCUUGGUGAGGUUUGUAAAUUGCACACAUCUAAACUCAGAGCACUUGUUUAGGUACUGAUGAUGAUCUGCCUCAAUCACAAUAUAAUCGAGCCCCUGCAGGAAGCAUUAUAGGUGGAAACGGGAGGUCUAGUAUAAGUUCAGCCCCAUACCAAAGGAUGUAUGUUGAUAUGGAAGUUCAAAUUCACAACCUCGAGCAGGAAGCAUAUGGUGCAAUCCUUCGAGCUUUCAAAGCACAGUCUGAUGCUCUUACAUGGGAAAAGGAAAGCUUGAUAACAGAACUCAGGAAAGAGCUGAGAGUGUCAGAUGACGAGCACAGAGACCUACUAACCAAGGUCAAUGCAGAUAACCUCAUUCAUAGGAUCAGGGAAUGGAGAAAGACUAUGGGAAAUCAACCUGUUCAUGAGCAGCUCCCUAGUCCAACAGUUUCUGGAUCAAGAAAGAGGCCAAAAAUGUCACAAUCUAUGAUAAUGCCACUUGGUGCCCCGCCUGAGUCAUUGCAUCAUCAGACAAUUGCAGCAAGCACGCAACCUACAACUCCAGGUGCAAAAUGGGGAGCAGCACCAGGAAAUGGAGGAUUGAGGUCUAGACCUGACCAGUCAGUGUUCUCUUCAAAGCCCAUUCAUUAUCAGCAGGCUGGUCCUGGUUCUUCAAGUGCUCUUCAUUCUGGUGAACUUGCUGAAAGACCGCGUGACCCUUUGAUUGGUAGAAGAGUGAUGACUAGGUGGCCAGAUGACAACAACUUCUACGAGGCCGUUAUAACUGACUACAACGCUGUCGAUGGCCGGCAUGCUUUGGUGUAUGAUAUCAAUACACCAAAUGAAACUUGGGAAUGGGUUGAUCUCAAAGAGAUUCGCUCCGUGGAUAUUCGAUGGAUAGGUGAUGAUCCUGGAAUAUCUAGAGUUGGUGGGUGUGGUGGGCCAGGCUAUGGAGUUAAUACUCUAAGUGCUGGAAGCGGGAGGAGAUUUGCCAGGCAACAAUUUGAGAAUGAUGUUCAUGCAUCAGAGAAUAGAAUCGUACAGAAGACAUCAGAUGAAAUUGAGAUACUGCACACAGAAACACUGUUAAAGAAGGUUGAGAAGGUUAUUGAUGCAAGUCACCCUGAUCUGGUUGAGAUUGAAAAGGCAAAGAAAAUGCUCAAGGAACAUGAAGAAGCUUUAGUUGAUGUGAUUGCCAAGCUUGCAGAUGUUUGUGACAGUGGAAGUGGUGGGGAGCAGCCAUUCUUCCGUAGAAAUAAUCUGCUUGGGAGCAAUCAUGAUGGUGUGGAUAUGGAGCCUGAGACGAGGGCAAGAGGUCAAGGCGCACUGGAAAAUCACCCAGAUGAGGACGUCAUCGUUAUCUAGUUUCUUCCUUUUUCAUCAACGUUUGUAGGCAAUCCAUUUUGUCCAUCUAGGAUUUUGGAGCUGAGCUUCUAAAUGUUGUAUUUCACCUCAUUGGAUUGCAGUGCCAAAUUAGCUGUCAUAUUUGUUAAUCUUGUAAGACAAUGUAGAGAUCUCUUUGUAUGUUAUGUAUCAAUUACUCUUCAGUUGUGCUGCUACAACGGGACUCCCCCCUCCACCCCUGCCCCCAGCCAAUGAAUAAAGUUGCUUCAGUUUGUUUUC